AUGGCUCCCAGCCCGAGGACGCCACGGCAGCCUGCUGCUCCCCUCUCUAGGAGCCGUCCCAAGACAUCCAGACGAUCCACUGAUCCGCGACGACGCGAGAGAGACGACGGUCUGACUGCAGCGACCGAACCUCCACCAAAGCGGCGGCGAUAUGUUCCAGGCGGCCCCGGCGGGGGUGGACGCUUCAUUGAUAAGGACGGAAACGAGAUCCCUGGGGGACGGCCCGGCUCGGCUAGCGCAAGCACCUCUAGACCAAGGGUGCGCCAGAAUACGAACAACAGCGGAGUCGCCGCCUCUCCGUCGGUCUACCCAAGACGCGAACGCAGUACACGCACGCGAACAGCAACACAUAAAAGUGGCGAUGACGAUAUGCAGAUCAGCUCAGCAGCUGCUGUUGCCGCCGCCGUAGUGCAAAGUGAGGGGUACAAACCAAGAGAAGAACGCGGCUGGGAAGAGUUCCACCCCAACCUCGAUAUCGAGGGUACCUUUAUGGUAUUCCAUGCCGACGACGUUGAUGGGACAGCAAAACCCACUCUAGAUUCCUUAUCGGCACAGAGUCUUGGUACAGAUCGAACUGAGGUGGAAAGCCCACUGAAGGACCCAAAUGGCAUAUCAGGAAGCGCCACGAACCCAGCAUUACUCCAGGCCAACGGCGCCGCCUUUUCAGGACUUGGAAUUACUCCAGGGACUCCGUCAAGACGUCGUUCCGGCCGGCCUAGAGACUUGUACUUUCCCAACCGCGAUCUGGGUGCAACACCGAAGGCGCCCAAGGUUCUACCGAUUCACAACCAGACGCCCAAGGAGCGCCUUGACCUCAAGCUUCCCCAGUAUCGCAAGACCGACCGCAUCUUGCUUUUCGAGAGCAAGACAUUCGGGCAAGCAAGAUAUGUCGAUAAGGCCAUGAUGAACGUCGGGUAUCAGGAGAGCGAUAACUAUAUCCGACCGGAACGUAGGCUGAUUAAGGCGACCGAUGCAAACAUCGAAGAUGAGGCGGAUCAUGCCGCUGUAAAGAGCGAUGGCGAAUCCUCUCUUCAUAUUCAUCCUUUGGGUCGCGUUGAAUACGACAUGGAUGAGCAAGACGACAUGUGGCUUGAGGCGUACAAUGCGCAGCGAAAGACGGUCGGCUGGAAUCCGGUAACUCGGGAGGUGUUUGAAAUAACAAUCACUAAGAUUGAAAAGGAAUGGCACGCUCUCGAGAAGAGAAUCCCCAAGCCGAACCCGAAACCCCCCCAAACUCAUCGGCCGCGCUCUAGCUCCGCUGCAGCAGUCAACGGCGAGCCGCAAGCCGGCGAAGAGCAGGACAGUAAGUGCGCCAUUUGCGAUGACGGAGACUGUGAAAACACAAAUGCGAUAGUGUUUUGCGAUGGUUGCGAUCUUGCAGUCCACCAGGAGUGCUAUGGUGUGCCGUUUAUCCCCGAGGGCCAAUGGUUGUGUCGGAAGUGCCAGCUUAUUGGUCGUGGAGUCCCAACCUGCAUAUUCUGCCCAAACUCAGAUGGUGCCUUCAAACAGACCAACUCAUCGAAAUGGGCCCAUUUGCUCUGCGCCAUGUGGAUUCCCGAGGUCACAUUGGGGAACCACACCUUCAUGGAACCAGUGAUGGACGUCGACAAAGUCCCAAAGAGCCGCUGGAAGUUGACAUGUUACAUCUGCAACCAACAGAUGGGAGCUUGCAUCCAGUGUGGCAACAAGGCUUGUUACCAGGCGUUUCACGUCACCUGCGCGCGUCGAGCUCGGCUAUUCUUGCGAAUGAAGAACAGCUCUGGUGCCCUUGACGUUCUUGACAGCAGCACCAAUCUGAAGGCGCUCUGCGAUAAGCACUGUCCGUCGGAGUACGCCAAGGAGAAUGAUGUAGCAGCAGCCACCAAGAGUGCAAAGAAAUAUUACAAGAAGACAAUGCGAGAUCGCAUAUGGGCUGACAACCAGGCGUCGGCGAUGCAGAUUGCGGCCAGUCACCGCAACGCUAUAACUGAGCAUCCUCCAGAUGAGUCCCAAAUGACCGGGGCGAAGCUGUCUGCGGUCCUCGGAGAUCAGAAGAAGGGCCAGGCUGGGAAGUCCAUAUGGAAGCUACCGUCGGGUGCUCCCGUAAUUCCUCAGGCGGUGUUCGACAUUGUGGAGCUAUCACUACAGCGAUUUAACUUCCUUAAGAGGAGAGAGUUCAUCAGUGAUGCCUGCCGCUACUGGACCCUGAAGCGCGAGAUGCGCCGCGGUGCCGCUUUGCUCAAGCGGCUUCAGCUCCAGAUGGAGACAUUCUCGUCCAUGGAGCUUACGCGACGUAACUUCGCUGCCAUGGGUCCAUCAGGAAAGGCACGACUGUCAAGGCGGAUCGAAUUUGCCGAAACCCUCAUCAAAGACCUAGAACAGCUGCAACUUCUGUCCCAGCAAGUAGUCCAACGUGAAAAGCUCAAACUCGAGGCAGCUCAAGUGGAGGAAGAAUUCGUCGACACUUGCUACUUCCCGAUCCACAAGUCCCUUCCACCAAUCAUGGAGAAGGCCCUCAUGCUCGAUAAGAAACUCUUCCAAGAAGGUUUGCUCAAGUUACAGACUAAAGUUGAUGAACGAUUCUAUACUACUACCCUUGCGUUCGCCCAUGACCUUUGCGAGGUCAUUCAUGUUGGAAUCAACACCGAACCCAAGCUUCCACAGGAAACCCAACCCAAGUUUGACUCAGUCGUCGCCCCUCCUCCCAGGAUUGACUAUUCCGAUCACCGAGACAGAAAGAGACUCGGCAAGAGGAUCCUCAAGUCUCUUCAACCUCAGCUGGAGGCAGCUCUGCGGCUCGAGUCGGAAAUCAACUACAAAUCUCUCGAAAACCUCAAGCAAGAACUUGAGGGCAUGGUCGAGGCUAGUCUUGAGCUAAGACAAAAUACAAUUGCCGCGACAGACGAGGCUGAAGAAAGCCAGGAUGUUAUCAUGGUUGACUCGUCGACAGCGGAGAUCACAGUGAAAAACACUGCGGAUGAUGACACUGCAGCUGACAUUCAAGAAGAACAGGUGGAUAUCGCUAUGGCUGAUGCUGGCGAUGAGAAGCCCACCAACGAAGGUGCAAUAGGAGUGAAUACAUCGGACCUCGAAGCUAAGCACAACGCCACUGUCAUCUCACCGCCCAAUGGGUCGGUUGUCGAGCACGAGCAGCAGGCUGCAGAAGAAAAGCUGGAGGCUCCAAUCACUAAUGGGACAAAGUCUUUGGACACCCCACCCGCGACCAAUGGCUAUCUGGCAGCACCUCCCUCUUCGUCACAACCAGCGCCUCCUACACCCCCACAGUCUAAUGGUAGUCUUGGCCGCGAGCAAGUACACGCUCUGACCGAAGGCGGCAUCCCAUGGUACCUCAAGGCAUUCGAACCCGAGGGCACAUCAGCUCUUCACGAGCAAUGGCCGGGACGAGACGCCGUCCGGUCUCUCAGCGAGGAGCUGACAGAACUGGAUGAAGAUGAGCUUAAGGGGCUCGGUGUUGAUUUCAACGCGGAAAACACGGCACCACCUCCCAGCAUUGCCGAUUCUGCAGACGCUGACGCUGUAGGAGGUUGCGCGAAGAAGAACACGAAAGCGAAGAAGGGUAAGACGCCUCGACGACGAAGAUGA